AUGUUGCUGAACUUGGAUGUGUAUGAACGCCGUGGGGAACUCUCAUACAGACCUCACGCCAGGCGUCCUUUCUGGCUGAAAUUCGGGACUUUCCGUAUCCUACUUUUAUUGCUCUGGCGAAUGUACGCUGCCGUGCAAGCUGGAAAAUCUGCUCGGCUUAUUACACUCGCUAUACCCGUAGUGUGCGUAUUGCGCGGUGUCGUGAUGGAGCAGCAGCCGUACAACAAUAUGGGAUCUGACGGGGAAUCCGAAGAUGUAUCGGGAACGUCGGACGAGAUGUUCUCCCCGCUGCCGAUGAACAAUGUCAAGCUACGGCAGAAAAACCGUUCCUAUAGCAAGGUGAGUUUGUUUGAGGGUUUUCCCGGGGGUAUCGUGACGCAGCUGCUUGCGAUACGCUGUUCUCCUGCCGUCGUGAUUGCUGGAAAGCUUUUUUCUCUAUCUCACGAUUGCGUUCCGCAAUGUUUAUUUUUUAUUUGUCCUUUGAGAAGCCCAGUCUGGGACCGCAAGGUUUCGACGCCCUGGCCGGAUGCUUGA